AUGCGCCUAGUUCUGUCACUGCUUUUGUUGGUCGCCGUUUCCUGGAUCAUACUUGACGUUGCCGACGCAAGAGACCUCAUUCGUCAGAAAAGGCAAUACUAUGGCGGAUAUUAUGGAUACUACGGUUGCGGAUGUGCGACAUAUGCACCAUGUCCGCAUGGCAAUGGAUAUUACGGAUAUGGUGGCUAUGGCGGUUAUGGCGGCUACGGUUACGGAGGAUACGGAUACAAAAAAUAA